AUGGCAGAAACCUUCCACUGGUUUUGGCUUCUGCUUAUCUCAUAUUUUCUAGCAGUAUGUGUUUGCAAGGUUUUGGUUCACUACUGGUGGCUGCCAAGAAGAGUUGAGUAUCAGUUUUUACAGCAAGGAAUUAAAGGCCCAAAGUAUCAUUUCUUUCUUGGAAACCUCCAGGAGCUUGCAAGUUUGAUGUCCAGGGCUUCCUCCCAAGAAAUGCCUCUUUCUCACAACAUACUCCCCAGGGUUCUGUCUUUCUAUCAUCAUUGGAAGAAAAUCUAUGGCGCAAGCUUUCUUGUAUGGUUCGGACAUACACCUCGUCUCACCAUAGCUGACCCUGUCCUUAUUAGAGACAUUUUUGUUACAAAGUCAGAAUACUUUGAGAAAAAUGAACCACCUCCCCUUGUUAAGAAGCUUGAAGGUGAUGGUCUAUUAAGUCUCAAAGGAGAAAAAUGGGCUCAUCAUAGAAAGAUCAUUACACCAGCCUUCCACAUAAAAAAUCUCAAGCUGAUGAUGCCCAUGAUGGCGAAUAGCAUGGGGAAGAUGCUGAAACAAUGGUCCAAAAUGUCGUCAAAUGACGGCAAGGUGGAAAUUGAAGUCUCAGAAUGGUUCCAAAACUUGGCAGAAGAUGUCAUCACUCGCACAGCAUUUGGAAGUAGCUAUGAAGAUGGAAGGGCCAUUUACCAACUUCAAGCUCAGCAAAUGGUUUAUGCCACUGAAGCAUAUCAAAAAGUGUUCAUUCCAGGUUAUAGGUUUUUGCCCACCAAAAAGAACAGAAUUUCUUGGAGACUGGACAAAGAAAUUAGAAAAUCCUUGAUGAAACUCAUCGACAAGAGGAGAAAAAAUGCGAGUGCCAAGGGGUUGUCAGAGGAAUGUCCAAAUGAUUUGCUGGAACUCAUGAUCAAGGCCAGUUUGAAGGAAACAACAAAAAAAGUCCCAAAUAAUUCAACUUCGAAUUCAAAUACAUCGUCAUUAAUGUCCUCGUCGUCCAUCACAGUUCAUGACAUUGUUGAGGAAUGCAAGACAGUUUUCUUCGCCGGAAAGCACACCACAUCAAACUUGCUGACGUGGACGACCAUUUUAUUAGCUAUGCAUCCUAAGUGGCAGGAACUGGCACGUGAGGAGGUCUUGAGGGUGUGUGGAGCACGUGAUACACCCACUGAAGACGAUGUUGCUACGCUUAGGACGCUGGGCAUGAUAUUGAAUGAAUCUCUGAGAUUAUAUCCACCAGCAGUGGCAGCAAUCAGGAGGGCCAAGGUGGAUGUAGAAUUGGGAGACCUAAGGAUCCCACAGGGCACAGAGCUCCUCAUACCAAUCGUGGCCGUUCAUCAUGAUCCAGAGUUGUGGGGCAACGAUGCAAAUGAGUUUAACCCCGCCAGAUUUGCAGGAGGGGUAGGACAUGCAGCCAGACAUUCAAUGGCUUUCUUGCCUUUCGGAUUAGGCUCCCGUAGAUGCAUUGGCCAGAAUCUAGCCAUAUUGCAAGCGAAAUUAGCCAUUGCUAUGAUUUUACAACGCUUCUCUUUUGAUCUAUCGCCAACUUACCAGCAUGCACCCACUGUUCAGAUGCUUCUAUAUCCACAGUACGGUGCACCCAUUAUGUUCCAAAAAUUGUAGCCGGUAGGAUCUCAAAGACUUACUGUCAUAUAAGCCUAGAUAGCUAGCCAGCUAGUUAGUAUUCUCACUUGUAGUUACGACCAUGAAUGCGUAAA